ACUGUACAUUGCUAGUGUAUAAAAGUAGCUGGAAGAGCUAAUCCAAUCAUUCUGCAUGCAAGUAGUCAAGUCAAACUACUCAACAAUGGCAACUCUACGAUUUGUAAUGCUUUGCAUUGCACUGUUUGCUGGUGUCGCUAAUGCACAUGGAUAUAGAUAUAAACCACCAACUGGUCUUCCCGACGGAGCACAGCUUGGGGACAGCUGCACCCCCAGAGGACAACCUAGAAGAUGUGGAGAGGCAACUUUUCUUGGGCAAACUGAGACUGAGCUGAACGAAACAGAUGGAAUCGAAGGACCAAACGUGUGUCGAGUGUCCAAGAUGUACAUGCAGCAAACACGGGGCUACACAUAUCAAGAGUUUUGCUACAGAUUUGGAGGUCGUCGUCAUUGUUUUACUGGCUGUUAUGCCACUAAUCAAUGCAAUGGUACGAUGGUCAACUUCACCAAGAACUCUAUUGAUUGUUGUGAUGGAUUUGCUCAAGGUGAAUCCAUGGAGUCAGAGGCUGGGGCAGCUGGAGAGAGUUUUGGUUUCUUUAGGAGAUAUAAGAAUCGCAAUUCCCUGAGAACUGAGGGAUGCCCUGUCAUGCUUAGGGAAAACAUUAUGGAUUGUUUGGAGGAGCUGGCUCUAAAUGAAUUCCUGACAGAAACUAAUGAACUGCCAGACAUUAUUGAGAGAUUUGAGUCAGAAACUGACCCAAUUACAGUGUUUGCUCUUUCCAAUGAAGCAUUUGCAGGUCUGGACGAUAUUACACGAGCUCUGCUGUUCAGUAAUAUUGCCAGAGAGACAACAACUUCUGCACAUAUCGGAGAAGGAAGCGUUCCAAAGAAUAGAUUGUUCAAUGGCCAGCGGAUACAAACACUAGCCUCCAAUGUGUCUCUCCAUAUUGGAAAAACUGGAAAUAGGACCGUUAAGGUAUUCUACGUGAAUGGAGUGCAGAUUUCUCAACCAAAUGCCUGCCAAGCUCGCAAUGGUGUAGUGCACAUUGUCGAUGAUGUCCUGCCCUUCUCCUCAGCCACCAUCAACGACAUUUUAACCGAACAGUCUUCUCGUUUCAGCACUUUCCAGCAACUGGCAGAAGAAGCUGAUAUUGCUGAACUAUUAGAUGUUUCGCAGAAAUCUCGAACUGUUUUUGCCCCUACAAACGAUGCCUUUAAUCCAGAUUUUGUUGAUUGUCUACUUGAGGAUGGCAAUGAAAAAUAUCUUUUUACUUUUGUUCUCACUCAUAUCUCCUAUCCAGCUGAGUUCACAACCACUCUUUCUGAACGUAGUUAUGUCCGAACAUGUGCCUACCGCCAGUCUCUUAUAGUUACCUCAACCGAUGAAGGAGUGAGUAUCACCAACAAUAAUAUCCCUCUUGACGAUACUGACAUCCCUGCUCGUAACGGUGUGAUCCACGCCAUCCCCGAGAUCAUCCAGCCCUUUACUGAUAGAAAAUUGGAGCGAAUUUGUCCAGGCAUCACAGCUACAAUGGAGCCAACAACACCUCCGAUUGUUGUCGAACCUGAGGUCACCCCCGAUCCUGACGGCAUUCCUCCUGGUGGAGUUGUGGUCCCUCCUGAGUCUGUGGGUCGCUAAGAACCAGAACAUUGAACUGACAAUAACUGCUGCAUGAUUUCUUAUAUUUUACUUCAAUUGUUUGUGGUUGUGAUACAGUUACUGAUAGCUACUUACUUUAUGCUGAUUGGCUGGAGAUGUGUGAUAAUCACAGCAAUAAGUUACUUUUUUCAUGAAAAAUAGCAAUACAAACAAA